GGCGGUGGAGCCAGUGGAGUAAGCACAGCUACGACAGGCAAUAGUUUAUUCGGUGGCUCAUCAUUUUCAAAUACAAACAAUGCGUCAGCCUUUGGCAGCACCACCCAGCCGAAUUCAUUAUUUGGUGGUGGCUCAACGUCUGGCCCGUUUAGUCAGCAAAACACCAAUGCUUCACCGUUUGCAAUGCCCCAGUCGACAAAUCAAUCGUCCGGUUUAUUCGGUGCUCAAGCACAAUCGAAUCCUGUAUUCGGCGGAAGUGCAUCCUUUGGCAUCCAAGGAAAAACCGGAUUAUUCGGUCAAGCCAGUGCUAGUCUUGGUCAAGCAAAUACGGGAAAUAUCUUCGGUCAAAGCGUUCAAGCCCCUGCAUUUGGUGCGCCACAACCGCAGCAACAAACAAACCUUUUCGGCAAUGCAAAUCAAAAUCAACCGCAGUCACUGUUUGUCGGACAACAAAAAACUAUGCAAGCCGCGGACAAUCCAUUUGCCGCAGUUGCACAGUCAUCCAAUACGAAUAUUUUCGGACAAUCGCAAAUGCAACAGCAACAACCUUCACCGUUCCAAAACUCCGCUAGUGUUUUCGGCGGGAACCAAAACACAAACAAUUUCGGUGGAAAUGCAAGCAUGGUAUUUAGUGGUGCAGCUCAAGCGGUUCCCCAUCAAAAUCCUCUCCUGCCCACUCCAACACAACCACCAUCACUGCAGCAGCAACAACAGAACAUCUUCGGGGCAAAUUCCUUCUCGGCUCAACCCACAGCACCUGCACAGACUCCAUUCGGCGGUGCUGGUGGAAAUGCUUUCCAAAGUGCACAACCACAACAACAACCACCCAUUCAACCGUUGUUCGGUGCACCAGCACAACAGCAACAGAAUAUAUUUGGUGCUGUUGGUGCGACUGCUCAACAGCCCGCGCAACAAUCAAAAACCCUAUACACACCCAUGGACUCACUGAGUCAAGAGGAAAUUGAAGCAUUCAACAGUAACACAUUUGACAUCUCAAAAAUACCCACCAAACCGCCGCCAAUGGAACUUUGCAUCUAAAUCAACAAUCAAUAGACUCUAGAAUUCAAUCUUAAGUUGCUUUUAAUUUAUAUUGUACAAAUUAUCCCAAAAUAAAUCGGCCAUUUAUAAGAAGACAUACUAAUUGUUUUUUUAUUGAGGUAUGAACUUUUUUUUUUCGCUCGUCUUGUGUUGAUUUUCGCAUAAAAUCGUUGUUAUUUAGACGAAUGAACGAAUGACAGUUCACUGCAACAAUUUGACAGCUCUAGACAAUUGCUUAUUAUGAUUGGAUUUGACAUUUCGAAUAUGACACACUCAAAUAAAAACGAAAUGAGACUUUUUUCUGAUGAAUAAGUUAUGUUUUGAAAUUUCAUGCAAAAUGGAAGACUUUUUGAUGAUAAAAUGAAUGUUCAAAUAAGAUUUUCACAGCAAAUCUAAUGAUCUACUUUGAAUUGAAUAAAAAUACGAACUUUUUUACAUUUUGAUAAAAUAAAUGAAUUUCACAACGACACAACGGUAUCUUAUUUCUCAUCUUCACAUUCACUCUCGGUGUCACUGUAGUCGAAAACAUGUUUAGACAUGACCACAAGGAAAAAACACACGCAACGAGCGAUGGUGGUGUGCGAUUGCAAUUGACUAAGCGAAUAGCAAAUAAAUUUCAUCAUAAAACGAAACGACGUAACAUUAUUUUGUACAUAAAAUCACAUACAGUUGACUACGAUAUAUAAUCCAAAUCAAUUUCGAUUCGUCAUUCGUCGAGUUAAGUUGAUAGUUAAUAAGUGAAGUCGAUUCACUCAAUCAGUUGAUAAAACCACAAAAAAGAAGGUCAUAUUUUAAAAGGUCAAGUGUUGUGAUACUAGCGUUCUAAGUUAGUCGAAAUCACAUUUAUUUAUAAAUCAAAGCAAACGUCAACGUUUAUUAAUAGUUAAGUGUAAUUUCGUAAAAUUUCGUUAAGAUUUAAUUUAUACAAGAAACAAACAAACAAACACAAAAAUGGCAUCAGCAUGGAAAAAAGUGGAACCAGUUGAAAGUUGCAAUUUGCAAGAGAUUAUGUCCGAAGAGUAUGCCCGUGGUUUGCAAGACAAAGAGAAUCAAAAGUACGAAGAGCAUCUAAAAGAUAUGGCUGGACCGUUUAUUGAUCCACCUUUUGCGACACGAUUGGAAAAUGACUCGGUGCCAACGAUUGUUGAGGGGAGCAGCAAAGACACGAAAAUGAGCUGUCAAAAUCAAUUGAAUGAUAUUCCGGAGGAUGUGUUGAAUUUUAUUCGAAACGACACCGAGCUAAGUCAAUCGGUUGAUUUUGGUGAUUCUGAUCGAUUGUUAGCUGAAAUGCUACAGGCUGCUUUUGACAAGGAACAUGAUGACGAGGUUAAUCGCAUUGAAAAGCACACGAACAAAGACUCCAAGAUUAAUGUGUCGUUCAGCAAUUUCCGUCGACAACAUCCAGCUAAUACGUACUUGGAUUCGGACGAAUACGACGACUAUGACGAGCCGCCAAAGAAUUGGGAUCGCUUUGAGGCAAAUGAUAAGAUUAUUCGUGGUAUGAACAAGAAAGGAUUGGGCCAUGAUGAAGACGGUGUGGUUAUCACGAAACAUGAUGCUGAAGUGUGUGGCGUUCGUAAUGCUGGCCGACUUAUGUCGUUUCCCACGGAAUUUGCAACUGGUGAUGCGGGUGGUUUUGACAUGAAACUUUCGAAUUCAGUUUUCAAUCAGCUUAAAUCGUACUCGCAAAAGAGUAAAAAGACCAACAAAGCACAAGAUCGUCGUGAGAAUAAGGAAACGGCCGAAAUGGGUAUCGAUGAACCAACUCGAUUGCGUUUGUACAAGUUGAUUAAUAAUCAAAUUUUGGAACAAGUUAACGGAAUUAUUUCCACUGGCAAAGAAGCGGUGAUCCUCCAUGCCAACAGCGACCCAAGCUAUUCCGGAGAGUUAAUUUUGCCCAAAGAAUGUGCUGUAAAGAUCUUUAAAACAACUUUGAACGAGUUCAAGCAACGUGAUCGUUACAUCAAAGAUGACUAUCGCUUCAAGGACCGCUUCAGCAAGCAAAACAAUCGCACGGUCAUUCAUAUGUGGGCUGAAAAAGAGAUGCACAAUCUCAUGCGAAUGCAGAAAAUCGGCAUCAAUUGCCCAGAAGUUAUCGCAUUGAAGAAGAAUCUUCUGUUGAUGUCGUUCAUCGGUGAAAACAAUAUUGCUGCGCCAAAGCUCAAAAAUGCCAUUCUAUCGGCCGCCGAACUAAUCAUUGCAUACGAAGAAGUUGUUGACAUUAUGGUGCGUUUGUACAACGAAGCCAAGUUGGUUCAUGCCGAUCUGUCGGAAUACAAUAUUUUGUGGCAUGAUGGCAAAUGUUGGCUUAUUGAUGUCGCACAGUCGGUCGAACCGGGCCAUCCAUCAGCUCUGGAAUUUUUGAUGCGUGACUGUGACAACAUUUCAACAUUUUUCACGCGAAAAGGUGUUAGCGGCGUUAAAACAAAAGAAGAACUUUUCUCUCAUAUCACCACACUUGAUCCAUCCGUUCACAACGCUGCUAUGCUUGAACGAAUGCAUGCUAAGGGACCAACCGAAACGAUGGCCACAGCUCAAGACAUGGAUGAAGUGCCCGAACAAGUGAAACCAAUCUCAUAUCCGUUUGAUUAUGCCUGGAACAAAACGCAAGAGCAAAAAAUGGCCACCACCGCAGCAGCCGUCGACAUUGAUGCACUAUUCGCUACAAAUUAAUUAAAUUUCCAAUGAUUGUCAAACUGCCAACUCGGAAACAGGAAUUAUGGAUAAUAAACUGGUUUUAUUUCUAUAAA